AUGGCCGUUUGUAAGAAAAUGAAUUUCCCCAUUAAAGAUGCUUGUCUGGUAGCGAAACAGGUCCAUUUGAAGUGCAUCUGUUGUGCGGUAAAUACGGAAGCCCUUCGACAUUCGGUCAAGGUUACGCGAGAGAUUUCCGAUUAUUACUUCACUUACAGAUUAGCCUUGCCGGCCGAAACCAUACUGAUGGCUCACAGAAGUUCCGCCAAGCUGAUGCUGGCACUCAUAUCGCUGUUUUGCGUUCUUCAGAUGCUGGAAUGUGGAGUAGUGGACAGACAACCCCGGGCAUACAAACAGUACAACACCGAACCACAGAAGAGACCGUUCUGCAAUGCAUUCACCGGCUGUGGCAAGAAGCGUUCGUCCGCGUCGAGUCCACCGAGUGCGGCAGCUGCCGCGGCCGCCGCUGCCCUGCUCCAGCGCCACAUGCAAAACGUGGAAGCGAACCGAAAGGACCGGCUGAGCAGUGAUUUCGACCCGAACGAGGAAUCGAUCAGCAGCCUGCUCGAUCUCAACACGGAACCGGCGGUCGAGGAUCUGCUGCGACAGAUCAUGUCCGAGGCGAAACUUUGGGAAGCGAUCCAGGAAGCGAAUCGGGAGAUUUAUCUGCAGAAAUCGGGCGUGAAGGAGCAGCGUAACGAUUUCCCGCUGACGUUCAGCACGCAGUAGGCUGGGAGGGGUACAAAUCCAAGCAAAGAAAUCCACGGCACACCCACACGAACGGUUACCAAGCAACCAAUAUUUCUACUUCUUGGUGUAUAAAUAGUUCAUUACUGCGUUCGGACAUUACUUGCCGGAUUCACUUUUAAGGAAGCAGCAGGCUAGGGAAACGGACCAUUAAGCUCCACGGUUGAACACUGUUACUACUCCACUCGCUGACGCCCGGUCGCCCGGGGUCGUCGGAUGAGGGCGUCCUGGCGGAACACGAAUGUUUUCUUGCAACGUAGAUCGUUACUAGUCUUAAGAAUGUAAAACAAAAGCCUAAAAACAAAGCAAAUCCUAACAAUGUAGCUGAGGGCGAUGAAGAACCUAAGCCACCUCGCUGUGUAACAUCUGAGGACGGGUAGAGCCAUGCCGUCGCACAGCGAGUCCAUUUAACUGCACUGGUUCUGCAAUGCAAUAAAGUAAAUCGCGAGAGUAAAUCUGACACGAACCGAUCGAGAUGUAACGCUGCUUCUUGUGGGAUAUUCUUUAUUUAGGACUUAUAGAAUGGGUGGGGUGCAAAACCUGCAACAGAUAAACGAGAACAAUUGCGAGUAAUGGUGCGCUAUUCGAACGUUUGCACACUAGCUUUAUAUAUAUAUAUAUAUAAAUAUAUAUCCCCACGGUACAGGGACUUAGAACUCUUCCACAUAUCCCUCAA